AAAGUUGAUAUAUUAUUAUCAGCAGAUGCAUCAAAACACAGCUGUCAGUGGAGCCACACGGGCCGGUCUGCAAACUGCUGCAUUUACACCUUAUUAUGGAAGUUUUACCCACAUAUAUGGAUGUGGAACACAGUAGAGCUUACAUCGAUCAGUUGUAUUCCAAUGACUCACAUAAAUGCUUCCAGGCAGUUAGUGAACUAAAAUUUGCUGUGAUUGGAAGUGUUCGUGAGAAAGGAACCAUCAUUGAGCAAGGAGUGGUGGUUCGACUUCUGCAGAUCCUCCGUUCAUCAGAAUUAGAUAUCUUGCUCAAGACAGAAGUUGUAACAGUCCUGAAUUCACUAGCUAAGGGUCUACCAGAACAUGCAUCAUCUCUUGUACAGGCAGGAUUGUUGCCAGCUCUCUGGGAACAAAUUGAAACAUGUGCUGGGGGAAGCGGCACCAGCGCUUACACCCAGAUGAUCCUCUGCUGCCUGAGGUCGGUGUACCGUCAGGGCUGCGCACCUCCUCCACCGUCAUGGGAUCACAAGCUGCUCACCACUCUCAUACAACAUGGUUAUCAUCCACCUAGCAACCAAGAGUGUGUUGCCAACAUCCUUGCUCAUGCCUGCAAGGUAUCCAGGACAUGUGAACAACAGCAGCAGUUGGUGGAUGCUGGUGGAGCAGAUCUAGUGGCCUGCAUGCUGUGUUCUCCUGUGUCCAGAGUUCAGCUACCUGCUUUACACUGCUUGGCUGCAAUGUGUUACAAGAAUGAAAGAGUGUCAUCUAUUCUAGCUACCAAAAGCUAUGGUGGGAAAGCUGUGCCUGACCUGCUGGUGGGACUGAUGGCUCGGGACCGUCCUCGAGAUAUGCAGCUCGCAGCUGCCACUUCACUUACGUUUCUGCAUCGUGCUGGAGCACUCUCUGCCGAUGACCCGAAAAUCAUAUUUAAAACAUUACAGUGUUUGGUACGGAUGUGUCGGCGAGAUCGAGAAGUGUGGGAGCGGGUGGAGGCGGCCAACACUCUGGCAUACCUAACAGAAGUGAGCACAGAGCUACAGAGAACAGCAGCCAUGACUGACCAUCUCAUACACACCAUGAAUGAUUAUCUUAAAGAUACUACUUCAUCAGCUGGAGCCAGUGCUCCCCAGGGAAUUUGUGGAUCACCUAUUUCAUGUCGACAAUACGACAACCCAAGCACAUGGCCUGAGUUGAUGCUAGAAGCUGCUCUAAAGGUAUAUGCUUCUCUAGGAGCUAACGAUGAAGAUAUUAGACAAAGAGUUAUUAAAACUGAUGGCCUGAUGAACACCAUAGUAACUUCCCUAUCUGCAGCGUGUCCAGCAGUUCAGCUUGCAGCAGUCAGAUGUCUCCACUCUCUCUCAAGAUCUGUACAUACACUUAGGACAACUUUUCAGGACCACAUGGUAUGGAGACCUCUCAUGACAGUACUGAAAACGUCCAGCAGUGAAGAGUUAGUGACAGUAGCCUCCUCCACGCUCUGCAACCUCCUCCUUGAAUUUUCACCAUCUAAAGAGCAUAUUUUGGAUCAGGGAGCUGUAGAGUUUCUUUGUGGUCUUACAAGACGGCCACACCCAGGACUCAGAUUAAAUGCUGUGUGGGCUUUAAUGAAUAUGGCUUUCCAAGCUGAGCAUAGAGUGAAGGUUUCCAUUUUGCAUCACCUGGGAACAGACCAAAUAUUCCGACUGUUGUCAGAUACAGAUGUACACAUCCUCAUGAAAACGUUGGGACUUCUUCGCAAUCUGCUCUCCACCAAAGGGCACAUUGACCAAAUUAUGCAGUGUCACGGAAAAGAAAUUAUGCAGGCCAUAAUUUUGAUUCUUGAAGGGGAACACUCAGCUGAAGUCAAAGAACAAGCACUUUGUAUCCUGGCUAAUAUUGCUGAUGGAGAUAUGGCAAAAAAUGCUAUUAUGUCAAAUGAAGAUGUGCUCAAGAAGUUAAUGAAUUACAUGGUUAUACCAAAUGUAAAACUUCAAAUAGCAGCAACUUUCUGUAUAAGUAACCUCAUUUGGAAUGUGGAAGAAGGCGCAGCAGAGAGACAAAAUAAACUUCGGGACAUGGGUGUUUAUAAGCUACUACAAAACCUCAUGACAACAACUGAUACAGCACUAUUUGAUAAAGUGAAGACAGCAUUGCAGCAGUUUCACUAAGUGUGUAGCAGCUGAUCCCAAGGAGUAUGGUUUUCAUAAUGUGUAUAGCGCUUGUGGCUCCCUCUACACAAGGGAUCUUUUAGGUUGUUUAACAUUGAACUCAAGCUACAAUAGUGAGGCCAUAGUCUUAAGUAAAUUAUUAUAUUCUUAUGUAUAGUACUUUACUUUUCAAGGAAAGUUUCUCAUUAUCAAAUGUGCUUUGUCAUCCAAUGCUCAUUCUGUAUGUAAACAUGUAUAUAUUUAUUAUUGUUAAGGAGGAAAACUAGAUAAUAUUUAAAUGAUAACUUUUUUAGCUUUAUUUUUGUGAAUGUAUGUACAGUAAAGGAAAAUGGGAGUUAAAUAGCAAUAGAUGCGUGACUAAUUUCAUUUUUUAACUUUCAAGGAAGUGAAAUUUUUUUGUACCUCUAAUGUUAAGUAUACCUGUUGUUGCCUGUAUAUUGUGCAUUUUAGCAUGAUUUUGUUUAUUCCUGUAUUGAAAUUAUUUAAAUAGGCAAUGGCACAUUUAUAGACCAUAAAGGAAACAUAUAUGAGUAUUAUAAGAUUCUCAUUUGAUACAAUGAACCUUUUGUCAUUUUUCACUAAAAAAAAUUGCCUCAUAACUAGUCUAGUCAUGACACAUGCCUUUUUUGACAAACCUUGAGCUUGGUAAACUGCAUAGUUUAUUCAUAAGUAUAAUAAUGAAAUGAAGGCAGCCCUGCAUUAUAGUUGUAUUGGUUUCCUUAGCUUAAUGCACAUUAGCUGUUAUGUGAUAUUUCAUUUUCAUCAGUGAUAUACAUUUGCCAUUAAGUGAUUGGUGUGGUUUGCAAAGCCUUUUACAAUUGACUCGUGAAAUGGCAAUAACACAUUUCUAAACAUCUUGUUGAACAAAGUGGGGUUCAAACCCAUGGCAAGCCAGCCCUAAAACUACCAAGCCAUUGUGUUAUCCACUGUACCAUACCCAGUUUAUAUGAUUCAUUCAUUAUAUGAUUCAAUCAUUAUAUGAUUCAAAGGUACUUUUGCAGAAUUCAAUAUUAAUGGCCUGAUUGUGUUAAACACAGUUGCCAUGGGCAACAUAUGGGCAUUCCUUCCAGAGAAACUUAGCCUUUUGGCAUCAUCCCAUUUCAUAACACUACCUUGUGUGCCUUAGCUGCAGAAAAGGUAUUCCAUCAAUAAUUGAUCAUUCCAUUGCUGGGGAGUGACCUUGAUACUAGUGAAGGACUCUUUAAGUCAAGGAAUUGGAGCUACCCAUAGGAGUUAUACAGUGCAUUUCAGGCACCAUAUAACUGCUAUGGGUUUAGCACUUCCCAGGAAUAUAAAAAAAAUGGCUCUGGUUGACAUCAGUGUUAGGUACAUUAAGGCUAAGAUCAUAAAAUCUGAAAAGAAAAAUUAUUUGUUAACUGAUAAUCAACCUGGAUUUUGUAAUUAGUCUAAUUUAUUAGUAUUCUUCAGUUGCUUUUCAUAUUACAAGAAUUAGGACUUAAAACAAAGAAUUCCACCAGUAUAGGGUACCUUGAUUUCCACAAAACUAUCAAUAACUUUCUAUACUACUUAAAAUAGAUUAUUCAGUCACAUAAAGCUGCAUGGUAUAGGAGACAGCUUUGAGUAAGUCUUUUUUUUUUUUUUUUUUUUUUUU